AUGAAAGACAGCUGGAGCAGCCACGGUGACGAUCGCAGAGACCGAGGUAGAGUCGAUCGAGGAGUAACACGUCCCAGAAGAUCGCGAUCGCCCAUAUCACGUCGUCCAGACAGUGACAGGGACCCCAAGACCAGAGAUCGCAGUCCGCUCAAGUCGAGGCCAGCGCAGCAUACUGAACGCCCUCGCGACCGCAGCCACGAACGCAGCAGGAGGAGACUCUCUCGAUCACCCCUACGGGAUUCUAGAGAGGAAGUGCGUGAACGCAAUAGAGGACGAGAGCUCCUGGAUACACGAGGCUCCGACAAGCCAAAACGAAGCAGUGUCCACCAUUCGCCAUCAUCAGGCAAGCGUCGCAAGAGCCACAGCCCUUCCCCUCCGCGAAGCCAUACCAAAAAAUCGAAACGAGACACAUCCCGAAGUCCAUCACGCUUGGAAGGGUCAGUAACCUCCAAUUCAAGAACCGGUAGGAAGCGACACAUCGUAUCUCCAGCGCCAUCAAGAAGGCGGUCCUCCGAACGUCGACCCGUCGAUUCUCGCGCUGGGGACAAGUACAAUAAGCAUCACCGAGGAUCAAGGGUAUCGGAGAGUCGUGGACGAUCUCCCAGUCCCAAGCAAGACCGCCAUUAUUCCUCUUCUCGCCAGGAAUCGCGUCGCCCACAGGACAGUACCACAAGAUACCCUCGAUCACCGACAAGACAUACAAAGCCGUCCGAGAGGUCCCCAACUGAGAAGCCCAGGGGCAAAGAUAGGGAAGAAAGGCGACCGAGAUCUCCAAACUCACGACAAAGGUCUCCAGACGUCGACCGCUACGAACCCUCAAAUCGUACUCGUCAACGAUCACCUGCCCCAGGAGGCCCAAAAGGAAGUCGAGGUCAUUCACCAACCCGGGACAGAGAAGGGAGACCACCCCGAGACGAGUACCGACCCGGCAAACCCAAGGGGAAGACUGCGAAAUCUCCCUUUCAAUCUGCGUCAGGUGCGAAUAGUAUCGAAGUCAAGAAUUCUAGGGCACCAGCUGCUGCCUCUGGUGCAAACAGCAUCGAAGUAAAGUCUGAUAAGAUGGCAGGCCGAGGUUACUAUGGGGGCCAACAAGGCUAUAAUCCCAAUCAACAGAUGCAAGCAGCAUUCCCCCUGAAACCACAAUACAACCAAGGACCACAAGUUGAUCUCCGACAGUAUUCACAAUCUCCACAGCACCACAUGACUCCAAAUUCCUUCCAUAGCUCCCCUCAGGCGCAAUCACCAUAUUCUGCUGGAAGAGGAGGUUGGGGUGGUCCUCAGUACUCUCCACAACCACAAUACCCGCAGAACUAUCAACAUCAGCAGCCUGCCUACUCCGCACCUACAGGACCACAGGGUCAUUAUUACAACAGCCAAGCCCAAUCUCCUCCUUAUCAAGCACCAACAGGCCCGAUGAACACGACCUAUAAUCCCCAGCAAAAUUUCCGUGGUAAUCAACGAGCAUUCCGGGGAAAUCAUUUCAAUCCUAGAGGCGGUCGAGGCGAUCACCGUGGUGGGCGUGGUGGUCAUUACCAAAACCUUCACUGGAAUGCUACUGGCGGAUCAACUGGGGCUGGUCGUGGACAGAACACAUCUGGCAAUGCAACCCCUCAACAAUCCUCACCUCAACAAUAUCAGCAGCAGGCUGGGUCGCAUGAAAGCACUCCUCAAUACAAUGCACCGCCAGAGGAAGAAGAAGAGGACGCUGAUGAUCUAUUCAGGCCAUCGAAAGAUCUCCAGGUCGAGGAUAAGGAGGCAACGAAAAAGGGAGAUGAUGAGCAAAUGCCUCCACCAAGUCGGCCACCCCCGACUGGGCCUCAAAGCCAACAGAACUCAUCAAAGUUCAGUUUUGCUUUUAAAGCUUCUUCGAAGGCAACGCCUACUCCUCCGAAGCCCGAGAUCUCCCAAAAACUGAAUGCCGGUCCAGCGCGGAAUCUACAAAUCAGCCAAGACCGUCCUCGUGGUCCCAAUUCCAGAAACGUUCCUACCGAGCCAGCGUCCGCUAGACGACAGGAUUUCCGCACUGAGCCUCCCGCCCCAACAACCAGAAAGGUGAAGAAACUUAUGAGGCGCCUAAAACCACGACCACAACUGGAGCCUGACUUUAAAGCCUCGGAAUCAGUCUACUAUCGAAAGCCAGGCAAUGAGUCGGUCGUUGGAUCUGGCACUUAUGGUAAGGUGUUUAAGGGCAUACACGUGUACACGAAAAAGCUCGUAGCUUUGAAGAAGAUUCGCAUGGAAGGAGAACGAGAUGGGUUUCCAAUCACAGCGGUGCGGGAAAUCAAACUGCUUCAAUCUCUCAAACAUCAUAACAUCGUCAACCUUCAGGAGGUCAUGGUGGAGAAGAAUGAUUGUUUCAUGGUCUUCGAAUACCUAUCACACGACCUCACUGGACUACUCAACCAUCCGACUUUCAAAUUGGAGCCGGCCCACAAGAAGCAUCUUGCAAAGCAAUUGUUCGAAGGUCUGGAUUAUUUGCACCGUCGGGGAGUGCUGCAUCGGGAUAUCAAGGCUGCGAAUAUACUCGUCAGCGGUCAAGGAUUGUUGAAAAUUGCAGAUUUUGGUCUGGCACGAUUCUACGCCAAACGAAGGCAGUUAGACUACACCAAUCGAGUCAUCACGAUCUGGUAUCGCUCCCCGGAACUAUUACUCGGCGAGACUCAAUACGGACCCGCGGUUGAUAUUUGGAGCGCGGCAUGUGUACUCGUGGAGAUAUUCACACGCCAUGCAAUAUUCCCUGGCGAUGGCGGCGAGAUCAGUCAGCUUGAGAAGAUAUAUGCUAUCAUGGGCACUCCGAACAAGACUGAUUGGCCCGGCCUCGUCGACAUGGCUUGGUUCGAGCUUCUCAGGCCUAAUGCCAGACGACCGAACGUCUUUGCAGAGAAAUACAAAGACCGCCUUUCACCUGCUGCAUUUGAACUUCUCGAAGUCAUGUUUGCAUACGAUCCUGCCAACCGACCUUCUGCUUCUGAUGUCCUCGAGCAUCCUUACUUCAGGACUGAAGAUCCUCAGCCAAAGCAGGCCGUAGAGCUGUCCAAAUUAGAUGGUGAUUGGCAUGAAUUCGAAUCGAAAGCUCUCCGAAAGGAAAAUGAGCGAAAAGAUAAAGAAUCCCGGCGACUUCAGAAAGAAGCUGCUACGUUGAAGGCUGAGAAAGAGAAGAAGCGAGGAUUGGAAGGAGAUAUUACCCAAAGCGAUGCAAAAAGGGUGCAAAUGGCUCCGCCAAGUGCAUCAGCCUCGCAAGCCGAGAAUGCGAAGUGA